AUGAAGGUUUUGGAUCCCCUUUACGGCACCGCACACAUCCCAUCCAGGGAAGAGAACAGAGACAGUGGCUCUUCAUGCGCACGCGCAAUGGCAAAGUUUGUUCGUUGGCAGUCGUCCUCAUCGUCCUCAUCGGCGGCAGCAGCAGCAGCAAUAACAGCACUGGCUGUAACACCGGAUGAGGACACUGGUGCUUCGCUGCCGCACAGCUAUGUUUCACGUUGGUGCGUGGAAAAACGGGUGAUUAGUCAGAGGGCUUCAGCCAAACAAAUGCUGUGUGGCAUGGACCAGAAGAUGAAAACCCCAGAUGCAGAUGACCUAGCAAUGGAAUGUCAUUCUCGAGGAUCGCGUUGUGAAAAAACCACAACUACAGUUGGUGACGAAAGUAGAGAAUCCGCAGCAUUUUUGACAAUAAUCCUCUUUCAGGGCUUCCUCACAAGGAGUGAGGAGAAGGCUGACCUCACUGAGGGUUCCGAAAUACAGAGAAACUACAGUCACAAGGAGCUUUACCCCUCUGAUGUUGCGAGAAUCGCCCGGUUCUGGGAACGAAUCGGUGAGAUUGAAAAACUGGAUGCUCUGACAUGCUCUUCGGCAAUUGAGGCAAGCGGCUUCGAGCGACAGUCCUAG